AUGUCCCAAACCUCAUCACCAUCAUCAGGUGAAGAGAAUAAUGCUUCUUCCGAAGUUGUGCAACAAGGUCAACUAACAACACCUGUCAGAGUGAGAAGAUUUGCUACAAUCAUUUCGAAUACUUCACCAAUGGCUGGACGAUUCCAAAAAUCCUCUUCCAAUAAUUCUUCACCACCAGAUUCUAAUACUGCCAACAAUAAUAAUAAUAAUAACAACAACAAUACGAAUAAUGGUAAACAAGAUCAACAAUCUCCUAGAGUUGAAAAUAGUGUUUCCUCUUCACCAGUCACAAUAACAUCACAAAACAAUGUACAGAAAGUUACUUGGUUGAGUGAACUCGCACAGGAGGAUCAAUUACUAAUUCCAUCAGCAGAAUUCAAGUGUUUCAAAUUGUCUUGUCCAUUCAUUGUUGUUGGGACAUCGAAAAUGAAAUAUCAAAUAACAAUGACUGUCAGAAAUGGAAAAUGUUCACUUUCAUCACAUAGAAGAUAUUCAGAAGUAUUGAAAUUUCAUCAAAGAUUGGCAAAAGUCAUGAAAAUGACAAAGGAAUUAACGAAUUUAUUUCCUGCAAAGGUUGCAUUCAUCAUUAAAAAUCCAGAGAAGAGAAGAAAAUUAGGAUUUGAAAAGUAUUUUGAUUUAUUAGUAAUGGAAAUCAUGACACAAUUGGAAUCUUCACUCUCCAAAGAUUGGAUCCAUCAAGUAGUUAGUAUUAUUCUCGAAGAUUUGUUUGAUAUUCAAUUUGUUGAGGAUGUUAUCAAUGCAAUGAGAAGAAAUGGUGAAAAAUCUAAUGGUUUCAAUAAUUUAAUUGAGGAUGUUGCAAGUUCAAUCAAUUUAUCCAUUUCCCUCAAGCAAAUGCACAAAUCAUGCAUUUCAUCUUCAUUAAGUGAGCAUGCAUUAUUGGCCAAUGUGUUAUUGUCCGAAAGUGCGACGAAAAUUACAACCAUUUCAGAGUUGCUAUUAUUCGAAAGUACACAACCUAAAUAUCUAACAACUCUAUUCUCCUCAGAUUAUAAGAAAAGAGAUGAAUAUGGUGGAUCGUAUAGAUUAAGUGAAGUUGAUUCCAUAGUUGAUAGAGAUGCACAGAAUACUGAGUAUCAAAUUCUCAAAUUGAAUUUGAAUAGAUUUGGGGACAGACAAUCUUUGGAUUCCAUUCUCCAGUCAAUAUGUUCUGCCAUUGAUGUCCAUGUCAAGACAAAGAACACAAUGCUACGAAGGGAAAUUGAAAAUCUCUCAAGAAUUGAUCCAGCCAUCAAGCAACUCAAUGAAAAGGGAGAAAAGAUAAGAAGUGAAUUUUUGGAAGAAAUAUUCAAAGACAUUUACUCAACAAACACAGUAUCGGAUAAUUAUCCAACAUAUGAAUCUGAAAUUCAGUUCAUUAAGAAGACAUUGGACUCACUCGCAUCAGUUUCUAAACAAAAUAAGGAAUUGGAAAUGAAAUCUUCCAUUCUCUUCACUCAACUUCUAAAAGCCAUUCAAUCUCAUGACAAGCAAUUAAUUCAGAAAACUGUUGAGCAAAUCACUCUCAAAUCUCAAGCUAUUGCAGAUGUUAAUGAAAAAUUGGUUGAAAUUGUUAAAUCUUGGCUGGCCUAUAUGGACAUUCACAUCUCAAAGAAGAAUACGGAAAAGGAUGAGGUACACAAGGACUUUAUUCUCCUAUUCUUAAUUCCAAUGAUUUAUAGCGUGAUUAGUAACAAGUUAGGAUUCUCUCCAAGUGUAAUGAAUCUCUUCUUUGGUUUAAGAUCUUCAUCUGUUACAACAGAAUUUGAAUUGUUGAGCGAGAAAGAUUUGUAUAUUGCUCCAGGUCCUUCACAUGACCCAACAAGCUCACCAAUUUCAUCCUCAUCAAGUAAUGGUGAAAAAUCCUCUGCAAAUAAUUCCAAUAACUCGACACCAACCACACCUAAGAAAUCUUCCAAGAAACAAAAUGUUUUCGAUGAGCAAUUAUCGAUUUGUAUUUGUGAAAAAGUUGUGGAUUAUGCUAUUUGA